AUGUCAAGAGGAUUCACACGGUUUGAGAAUGAUGAAGUCGACACCGACGAUGUCCCUCCAGCUCCAGCCGACGGACCUCCUGGUACCCAGAUCUCUCUCGAUGAUCUUCCCAACGACCAAGACCUGCAUCCGCAACCCGACCCCGGCAUAGUGCAUCCCACGUCGACUGGGGUGGCCAACUUGGCUCUUACGCCCCUCCCAUCUGCUGACGAGUUGGGCCAAACCCCGCCCCAUCCCAGUGAUGGUCCCCCACCGGGGCAAGAGAAUGCCCCGCCCCCGCCUUAUUCCAUCUUAUCUCCUGGUGGCACAUCGGUUAUUAGCUCUCAGCCUCUGCCAGGACCUGUCGACAUGCACGUGACAUCCGUGCCUUGUACUGAUGACAGCCCAGACAUUAGUAAUUACAGUUGGUGGGAAUAUCUACUUGCCACAACUUGUUGCAUCCCCUGUGGAAUUAUACACUUGAUCGUGCACUUCUGUGUGGUGCGCAAGCGUGAGGAAGCGGGCGACUACGAAGGUGCAACGAGGGCGUUAAAAACUGCUUAUAUUAUGUACUACAGCGCUGCCUUGAUUGUCCUAAUAAUCGCGAGUGUUCUCUCGGUCGUCUAUAUAUUCUUGAAUUAUUAAAGAAAGGCCAUUAAAACGAUGCCGAUGAUAGGUUCUUUAACGAUCGGUCAGUUGGUCAGAUACAGUCAAACCCUGAUAAAAAGAGCACUGUUAAUACAAAAUCCUGCUUACAACAA